CCCAGCAUUCCUUGGAGGUACCAGCGACAUCUUGUCUGUCACCGCCGUUUGGUGGUGUCAACAGAGGCAGGCGCUGGCUCGUGAGCGGGCAGAUGCGAUGGCGCUUUUUCCCGCUUUUGCGGGUGCUGCUAAGUCCGGGGAGACGCCGGCAAGCGAGAGCGAGGGCUCCAAAAGAGAAUUGAGCUGGCUUAUCAACUCAAGCUUCCGCAGUGAAGAUGCAUUGAGACUUCAGCAGCACUCUUUAGAGGUCACAGAACUUGCCACAGAGAAAUCGCCACCCCAAAGCCAUUUGGAAUUAUUGGGAGAAAGUGAAGCCAGUGAAAGUUUCCAGAAGCCAGCUAAGAAAAGAAAGAAAAAGAAGCGACAUCACAAAAAAGUGAAAAAGAAGGGCAGGAGGGAUCACAGCAUCAGUGAUUCAGAAUCAGACACAGAGGAUGGAGAAGAUGGUGGAAACCAAGGGAAAGAAGGAGUAGACUCGAAUUUAGGAGAGAAAACUUCAGCUGUGAGCAGUCACUCGAUUUGGCUUGAUGACAUUCAGGGACUGACGUCAGAAGUGUUCAGAACAGAUAAGAAGCCAGACCCUGCAAACUGGCAGUACAAGUCCCUGUAUAGAGGGAACAUUGCAAGGUACAAGAGGAGAGGUGACUUCUGUCUUGGCCUUGAUUGGAAGAGGCAACAUAUAAUUUGGGAAAAUUCAUCAGCAGAGAAGAAGCGAUCCCACGGACGACCUCAGCGCUACUUCACAAAAGAUGGCUUGAAGUUCUUGAACGUGGAUAGCUUUCCAGUUCGUAGUAAAUUUCAGGGUUCCCCAUCUUGUUCAAGUUCUUGGAUACCAGUUUCACAACUGGACCCAGAUGAUGACCCUGCCACAAACUCCAUAAAUCCUCUUGGGAUUUAUGAUCCAUUGACCACAUUAUGGCUACAAGGAAAGGGUCCCCCUGAGCAUGACGCAGUGAAGCAGGAGGAACCCCAAGUGAUCUGUGAGAAUGAGAACGCUGGCUUAAUGUCAAAAGUGGAAGAAUAUAACAAGAAGGUCAGAGAGAACCCUACAGAUGUUAAAGCAUGGAUGGAUUUUGUUUCUUUUCAAGAUGAACUCAUGAGAGGUCCCAGCUGCUACUCAAUCAACAAGGGAGAACAGGAAAAGAGAAAGAAGUCAUUCAGGCUUGUCCUAGAGAAGAAGCUGGCCAUUCUGGAGAAAGCUAUUGAGAGCAACCCCAACAACGUUGACCUGAAGCUGGCCCGGCUGAAACUUUGCACAGAGUUUUGGGAGCCGUCAGCCGUGAUCAAGGAAUGGCAGAAGUUGGUUUUCUUGCACCCCAACAACUCAGCUCUGUGGCAGAAAUACCUCUUGUUUUGCCAGAGUCAGUUCACCACCUUUGUCGUUUCAAAAGUGCACGCUCUGUAUGGAAAAUGCCUGAGCACUUUGUCAGCAGUGCAGGAUGGCAGUAUGGUCUCGCAUCCUGUACUGCCUGGCACGGAAGAAGCUAUGUUAGCCAUCUACCUUCAGCAGUGCCAUUUUCUUAGGCAGACUGGCCAUACGGAGAAAGCUGUGUCUCUGUUCCAGGCCCUGAUGGACUUUACCUUCUUUAAACCUGACAACGUGAAGGACUUGCCAACAAGAGGACAGGUGGAGUUCUUUGAACCAUUUUGGGACAGUGGAGAGCCUCGGAUUGGGGAGAGAGGAGCAAAGGGCUGGAAGGCUUGGAUGCAUCAACAAGAAAAGGGGGGCUGGAUUGUCAUCAACCCACCUGAUGAAGAAGAGGAAGAUGUAGAGGAAGAACAAGAGAUAAAGGAUAAAUCUCUGCCCAAAUGGCAAAAUUGGCUUCAUGUAGAGCGUUCUCGAGAAGGAAGGCACUGGUUGCCCUGGCGGCCUGACAAAACCAAGAAGCAGGCCGAAGAAGACUGUGAAGAUCCAGAGAGGCAGGUUUUGUUUGAUGAUCUUGGUUCAUCCUUAAUAAAAAUUUCCAACCCGGAUCUUCAGUUUCAAUUGCUCUGCUCAUUUUUGCAAUUCUUAGGAAUUCCAUGUGAGUGCGAACUCCUUCCUUCCUUUCUCUACAUAGCAAUGGAUGAGAACAGCAUCUUUGGCCAUGGGCAGCACAAGCAAAGCCCCUUGACUUCCUUUGACUUGCCCAUUUCUGGAAUCAGUAGUAUUGGUCAGAUGGACUCAGUCACCCAAGGAAGAAGGCACAUUGGACACUCCAGGGAAGGGGAGGAGUUCAUACAGAACUUUUUCUAUAUGAUGUUGCCUCUCUUUUCAGGAGAGGAAAAAUCUAAACUUUCUAUCUAUUGGCUUCAAUAUGAAAUUGCAAAGGUCGUUCAGUGUCUGAAAACAGGAAAUAAAAAGAAACUAAAAUCACAAGGCAAGAAGAGCAAAAAGCUUGCUAAAAACCUUCUUAAGGCACAGGAGAACAGGAACAACCUUUCCCUUUGGCAAUUAUACGCCUAUCUGGAGUGGUUACUCAGCAAUACGGAAGAUGCUAGAAAAGUUUUUGAUAUGGCUCUGAGCAUGGCAGGAAGCAGUGGAAUCAAUAAUCCCCAGUUGUGUGCAGUUAGCCUGCUCUAUGCUGAACUGGAGGCAGAGCUGCUGGGAAGUCUAGAAGGUGCUCUGGAGUCACGGGCUGCUCACAUAUUGACCAGAUUAACGGAAAAGGGGCCUUAUGUGCCAUACAGUGGACAGAUAUCGUCGGUGAGCAUUUUGAAAGCACGGAAGACAUAUGAACAUGCGCUCCAAGAUUACUUGAACAAAAGCUCUGCCGCUGAUCAAGAGCAAAGCAGCACUUCCAGGCACCUGAUUAGUUUGGUUGGAUGUUAUACCCUUUUCCAGUAUAUUACUCUUGGGAUUAAUUCUGCAGUAUUGAUACAUAGGCAGGUUUGUGAGAAGCUUAAAGGUGAAAAACUUGGUGGUAGUCAGACUUUCACCACAGCUCUCGAAUCCCUGACAUUGAUGCAUACAAGUUUGCUUCGUUACCACAUGAAAACCAGCGUGUAUCCUUUGAGACCCCUUCGAGAAGCACUGUUGGAGGCGUUAAAGAUGUAUCCUAGCAACCAGUCUCUUUGGAGGGCAUAUAUCCAGGUCCAAAGCAAGUCCCACAAUGCAAGCCAAGCACGGCGGUUUUUCGAUGGCGUCACAAGGGCUACAAACUCUCUGGAGCCCUGGCUGUUUGCAAUCCAGCUAGAGUUGAUGAGGAAGAAGCUAGUAGAAAGUGUCCAGAGGGUAGCCACCGGAGACGUGUAUGCAACAAUUCCUGAAACUGGAUUAAUAAAUCGAAUCAGAGCUUUAUUUGAACGUGCAAUCGAGACUGACAGUGGGGCUCAUUGUCCCUUGCUGUGGAGGCUGUAUAUGUACUUUAUGAUUUCUUUGGGGGAUAAGGAAAAAAGUAAAGGGCUGUUCUACAGAGCACUACAAAAGUGCCCCUGGGCAAAGGUACUGUAUAUGGAUGCCAUAGAGUAUUUUCCAGAUACCCUGCAAGAGAUUGUAGACCUUAUGACUGAGAAAGAGCUGAGAGUACGGGUACCCAUUGAAGAACUGGAGCUGCUGCUUGAAGACUAAAGCAAAUAGUUUGAAGAUGUGAAGACAGGAGAUUGUCUUUCUUAAAAGGCUGUUUGGUUACAGCUGGCAACCUCCAUGUAUUCUACACACUUUUAACUGACAAGAAAUUAGUUUUUCAUUAUGCAUUUUUGUACCAAAAAAGUAUGAGACUGGGUGCAUAACUGGGCCUAACUUGUAAUUAUUUUUUUUCCAAAUGGACUUCCUUCAUCCUCUUAUGCAGUGAUCUAUCCAGACACACCUAAGAUUCUGUGACCAGGUCAGGGAAAUGAGAAAGCCUGAGCUAUUUUCUCCCAUUAUGUUGUUAGUAAACACGCUUACAUGAUUCCUACCCAUAUUUAUUUUGCAAGUUUCACAGAACUAGGCUUGGAGAUGAGCACUGAAUGACACAAGAAAAGUAAAACCUCAUUAGGGGAUUUUUAUCACUGUGUCAUGACACCUGGCAGUUGUGAUGUAAAUAGCGCUUGUAAAAAUACAAAGAGAAAUAUUGUAAUUCC